AUGGCAAUUUUAUGUUGUUGGGCGACGACAAGUGUCGAUGAACAAUCAAUUGAUGGCAAAAGAAAUGUUUCAAUGAUGGGAGACUAUGAAGAUAACCAUGUUAAAAGCUUAAAUGAACGAAAUGGAAAAUACUUUAAUUAUCUUCGUCUUCCAGAUGGUGAAUGCCAUAAUUGUUCAACAUACAAAUGUACCGAUCAUAAGUCAAAUAUGGGUGGUUCGGAAUGGUGUAUCAUGUUAUUUCCUGAUGCUCUUGCUCACUGCGAUUCUGAUCCAAAUUGUGGUGGAUAUACAAUGACAACAGCCGAAUGGUUUCACACAAAAUACGAUAAAAAUGGACAAGUAGCCGUUCAUUUAGCUAAAUCUAGUCAAAAACCUAUUGCUUGUUCAUUAUCCGAAUGGAGCAGUUAUGACAAACAAAAUACUAUUCGUAAUACUCCUGUAAUUUACGGAAGAUCAACAUGUGGAAAUGAAAAUCAAAAUACAUGUGAAAAGUCACAAAAUUUUAACUAUGUAUUUGUUAGCAAUUCAAAUGCGGUUGAGAGUACUUCAUCAUACUUGUGCUACAAUCAUCCCAAUAGACUCGACAAUAAGGAUCGUAAUUGCAUUUUACCAGUUGCCGAUGGUGUGACACUUUGCAAUUCAGAUGAUCAAUGUGAAGGAUUUAUGGUCAAUACAGAUGACAAUUGGCAAAAGAAGUUUUCAAAUAAUGGAAUGCAAUCAGUACAAUUAUUCGGAAAAGGUGUUACAUAUACACCAAGUGAAACAUGGCGUAGCUUCAGAAAACAACAUUAA